AUGAGCCUGACCUUCCACCGAAGGAUUCGGCUGGCUGUGGCCACCCUCAACAACUGGGCCCUCGACUUUCAGGGGAAUUAUGAACGAAUUAAGAAAACGUGUGAGGAAGCAUACAAAGCUGGCGCUACACUGCGCGUCGGCCCUGAGCUCGAGAUUCCAGGAUAUGGAUGCGCCGAUCACUACUUUGAGCUGGAUACGGAGCUGCACUCUUGGGAAAUUCUACAUAGGCUUGUGCUUGAUUCGAAAAAGUGGAAGAAUUUAUUGGUGGUGACUGGCAUGCCGGUACGGCGAGACGGCCUUCUUUUCAAUUGCUGUGUGGCGUUUGCGGAGGGCUGGUUUGUGCGCUGGAAUCGGCGUGGCGUCACCGAAAGAUUCGAAAUUCUGCCGAGCUUUGGGUUCGACGAACCGGAGGUGCCUUUUGGGGACGGCGUGCUGAGGACCGCCGACAAUGUGACGAUCGGUUUCGAGAUUUGCGAAGAAUUGUGGACAGCAAAUAGUUCUCACGUGCACAUGGGCCUUCGAGGAGUGGACAUUAUUGUCAACAGCUCGGGCAGCCAUCACAUACUCGGGAAAAGCUGCUAUCGACUCAAUCAAUUGAUCCUGGGGUCGACGGGGAAAGUAGGAGGAGUCUACAUGUUCGCGAACCAUCGUGGAUGCGAUGGUGAUCGAGUGUAUUACGACGGAAUGAGCAGCAUAUCCCAAAAUGGAAAGCUCUACGCACAAGUUAACCAGUUCGACAUCGAGGAUACAUGUAUCGCCACUUCGUUGAUCGACUUGAACCGCAAUUUGACAUAUCGGUCGCGUUUGGCGAGCAUGAGAAAUGAGGCUGCCGCACUGCCCUACCUCCAGACGGUGAAGGUGCCGUUGACGCUUACGGACAGUAAAGCAAAUCCCGCUGAGCCGUUGACCGAGCCGAUUGUGACCAGGCAAAAAACGCCGAUCGAGGAGCUAUGCGAGGGCCCGCCGGCCUGGCUUUGGCAUUACCUGAGAAGGAGCAAGGCGUCUGGCUUUUUCCUGCCACUCUCCGGCGGCUCCGAUUCCUCUGCGGUAGCGGUGAUGGUGCGGCUAAUGUGUGAGAAAGUUUGCGCCGCAGCCAAGUUGCGUCGCGAAAGCGGAGGCGAUGACGAUCCGGCUUACUUCCUCAAUGGCAAGCGCGUAUUGCACACAUGCUACAUGGCCAGCGAGCAUUCUAGCCAAGAGACGCGCAAGAGCGCCGACGGCUUGGCCAAGGCGAUCAACAGCUCUCACACCAGCCUGCUCAUUGACACUGCCGUCUCGGCGAUGCUCGGCAUAUUCAAGCUGGCCUACAACUUUAUGCCCAGUUUUUCGAGCAACGACAACCGCGAGGCGAUGGCACUGCAAAAUAUUCAAGCCCGGAUCCGAAUGGUGCUAGCCUAUCUAUGCGCGCAAUUGGCUCAGGCGGCCCGAGGCGAAGCCGGAUGGUUGCUGGUGCUCGGGACAGCGAAUGUGGAUGAGAGG